GUGCUGUAUGGCACCAGGACCCCUGGCUCACUGCCUGGCAUUCUCUGGGACACACUGAAACUUUAAGGUCCCUGCCUGGUGUGUCCCCAUGGCAACAUGGUGGCAGCUUUUGGUGUGCAGCCUGGGGUUCCUCCUCCUGGUGCCAUGUUGUCUCUCUGAAAAGUUCUCCCUGUCUGGCUCCCAAAGCCCUGUGGUGGGGUUUCUUGGACAAGAUGUGCUGUUACCCUGCCAGCUCUCACCGCCAGCCCAGUUGCCCAACAUGGAUGUACAGUGGAGGAAAAUUGGACAAGAAUUUAUCCUGGUUCAUGAGUAUGCAGACAGGGGUACCCAAGAACUGCCGGGGGCAGGUUACCAGAACCGCACAGAACUGUUCCCGUCAGAUUUCAGCAGUGGGAACAUCUCCCUGAAGCUGAAAAUGCUCCAAAUAACAGAUAAUGGGAAAUAUCAGUGUUUUGUGAGGGACGCAGAAUGGAGCCAUGAAGCCAUCACUGAGCUGCGGGUUGCAGCUGUGGCUCCAGUGUUCAUUGAUGUGCUGGGUUCCCGAGGCCAGGGGAUUGGGUUGGCCUGUCGAUCUGCAGGCUGGUUCCCCAAACCCGAACUCCAGUGGGUUGGAAAGAACUGGCAGAACUUGGCGAUGGACAUUGUGACUGACGUGACUGAGGACAGGGAGAACCUGUACAGUGUUGUGAGUCAUGUCACUGUCACCGAAAGAGAAGGCAGUGGAGACAUCAGCUGCAUAGUGCGGAAUAGAAUGGUGGAUACGGAGCAACAAUCAGCCAUUCACCUCUCCAGUGACAUCUUCCCCCGUGUAUCUCCCUGGUUGGCUGCAUUCUGGGCACUGUUUGCUCUGGUACUCAUUGCUGCUGGAAUUUGUGCAUAUCUUGGAUACACAGCAAAGCAAAAGGCCUCUCAGAAGAAACGCUCUAAAGAGGAAGCUCAGUUAACUCUUGAGACUAAGAAGAAGACCUUUGAAGCAGACUGUCAGGACGUGCGCCAGAUGCUCGAUGCAGAGAGGAAGAUCUUUGACUCAGAACGCCAGGAACUGCAGGAGAACCUUGAGACUGAGAAGAAGGAGAAGGAAGCUUUGAAAUCAGAGUGUCAGGACCUGCAUGAGAAACUGGAAAAUCAGGAGAAGAAGAUCAAGCGGCUGGAGUCAGAGUGCCAGGAGCUGCGACAGAAGACUGUGCCUCGGAAGGGUUGGUUCUUCGGUUAGUGUCCCUGCGGGUGCUCCAUUCAAGGUGCACUAGCAACCUCUGCACCUUUGACUGGAUAUUUCUCAGAGCAGUUUCUUUGGAGCUCAUGCAUGUGUGCUAGUCAGCGCAUGUCUCCUGCCAGUUAUAUAGCACUGCAUGGGCAAACCACCCUCAGUCCCUUCUGUGCCAUAAAACACCUUUGCAAAGAACUCCAAACCAGAAGGGACAGAGGGUGAAUAGUGGAGCACCCAUAGGGACACAUCUCGA